CGCCCCCUGCCGAUGAUACAGUAUCUGUGCAGGCUGCAGAGGAAGGAGACGUGUCCCACUCAGACUAGCUUGAGCGGACAGAUGGAGGCAGACAGCACCGAUGGCAACAUGGAGGGGAAAGCAGACGUGGAGAUGGCAGAAAACCCGUUUGAACCUUACAUUGAAUCACUGCGACAACAACUGGAAGACCAAGAUCCCGUUUUUCUGAUCGGACUUAUCGUCGCGUUGGCGGUGGUUGUCAUCACCUGUGUGUUUCUAAAGUACUUUCUCACAAGUAAAACUGUCCGAAGUGCUGUGCUGCUGGUCGGACUGUGUGACUCGGGGAAAACCCUCCUGUUCAGCCGGCUGUUGGCAGGAAAGUUUAAGCGGACACAGACCUCCAUCACUGACAGCAGUGCUCCAUACAAAGCCAAAAACGACAGGGGCUGCACCUGGACUCUGAUUGACCUGCCAGGACAUGACAGUCUUCGCUCUCUGUACCUAGAGAAAUUCAAAUCUGCAGCCAGAGCGAUUGUGUUUGUAGUGGACAGCGCUAUCUUCCAGAAGGAGGUGAGAGACGUGGCAGAGUUCCUCUACAUCUUGUUGACGGACAAUGUGAUCUCCAGGAAUGCCCCAGCUCUCCUGGUGACAUGCAACAAACAAGAUAUCACCAUGGCAAAAUCAGCUAAACUGAUUCAGCAACAGCUGGAAAAGGAAUUGAACACCUUGAGAGUGACCCACUCUGCAGCCCUGAGCUCUCAGGACGGCUCUGUGGGCGGCAGUGUGUAUCUGGGGAAAAAAGGCAAGGACUUUGAGUUCAGCCAGCUGCCCCUGAAGGUGGAGUUCCUGGAGUGCAGCGCCCGCGGCAGCAAGGGGGAAGAGGGGGAUGCAGACAUUGAGAGCCUGGAGAAGAGCCUGGCUAAACUGUGAAGUCAGCAACUCAACAUCCUCAGUGCAGAAGUUGACUCAAAAGACACAGACCUCGGAUCUACGUCCACCAUCACAUCAGUAAUCAAAGCAGCGAUGACCGCUCGGUGGAGGAUUUAUUUACCGGAGUAACCAGUCAAUCCUAUCUGUGCUGAUUAAUUACAUUAAAGGUGGAAGAACUUUUGAGACACAUUCAAUCAAAAAACACCAAAAAGACUGAAAGUAAUGUAAAGGAAAAUGAUGUAGCAGUUUAUCAGGUCGCUCUACAGUGCUGAGAAAUGAUUGUGUGCCGUGUAAAUCUUACUUUGAUCAUCCUCCUUAAAGCGCUUUAUUUGGGUUGUUUAGAUAAUAUACUGUAUAGUUUAAAGCUUUUCGGUAAAGUACAAUAUUUGCUGUUUAAAGUAAAAUUAUAAACGGUCACAGAUUUUCACCAUUUGUUUUUAAAUAGUCUCAGCUAGUCUGAUUUAUAAGCUGCCUUGUGAAAACAGAUGGUCAUGAAUUGGAUUUAUUCAUUCACUUGAACAUUCAGUCUUGUGCCUUUUUUGUUCUGGUAUUCUUAUAUGAAAGUGUUUUGCUUGUUUGCUAAAGAAAUGACAGUUUACUUGUUUGAAAGUGUUGCGUGAAUACAGUGCAUUUGCAAGGAAUGUAUGAAUCUAUUGAGA